AUGGCCAACGAAAAGCCCAGGGAAGGAGUCAAGACUGAGAACAACGAUCAUAUUAAUUUGAAGGUGGAGGGGCAGGAUGGUUCUGUGGUGCAGUUUAAGAGUAAGAGGCAUAUGCCACUUAGUAAACUAAUGAAAGCCUACUGUGAACACAGGAAUUUUUCGUGGUUGGAAAUGGAGGAUGAAGAUACAAUUGAUGUGUUCUGGCAGCAGACAGGAGAUGUCUACUAA